UUAACCUUUCUCUCUAAAAACUCUCGAUCUUCACGGCCUGCUUAUUUUUCCAUCUUUCAUUUUUAGGGUUUUCAAAAUUCUCAACUCUCUCUCCCUUCGCCCACCUUCAGACAAAAAGAUUUGAGCUAGAUUUUCUGCUCUAUCUUCUAGGGUUUACAGAUCUAAUCUAACACAGCUGUCCGUUUAAAUCUCUAGUUUCUUCAAUAAUGUUUUGGAAGCUCACUGCUCUCUCCGCCUCCUCUCCCGUGGAGUCGGUGCUAGACAAUGAAAAUUUCACACUGGAAGAGCUUCUCGAUGAGGAGGAAAUAAUCCAAGAAUGCAAAGCUUUAAACAGUCGUCUUAUCAACUUUUUAAGAGAUAGAGCACAAGUGGAGCAGUUAUUACAUUACAUUGUGGAAGAAGCUCCAGAGGAUGCUGAAAGCAAACGAGCCUUUAAGUUCCCGUUCAUUGCCUGUGAGAUAUUUACAUGUGAAAUUGAUGUUAUUCUGAAGACUUUAGUAGAGGAAGAGGAGCUAAUGAACUUACUCUUCUCUUUCCUGGAACCUAAUCGACCACAUAGUGCUUUGCUGGCUGGCUAUUUCAGUAAGGUUAUAAUUUGCCUCAUGGUACGCAAGACUGUCCCACUGAUGAACUAUGUUCAAGCCCAUCAAGAUGUCUUCCGUCAACUUGUUGAUUUAAUUGGAAUAACAUCCAUCAUGGAGGUUUUGGUUCGGCUCGUUGGGGCAGACGACCAUGUUUAUCCCAAUUUUAUUGAUGUGAUGCAGUGGUUGGCUGAUAGCAAUUUGCUAGAAAUGAUCGUGGACAAAUUGCAUCCUUCUAGCCUUCCUGAAGUCCAUGCUAAUGCAGCAGAAACACUAUGUGCAAUCACUCGAAAUGCCCCCUCGGCUUUGGCUACUAAACUCUCCACUCCAAGUUUUGUUGCAAGAAUAUUUGGUCAUGCAUUGGAUGAUUCACAUUCAAAAUCUGCCCUUGUCCAUUCACUUUCUGUGUGUAUAUCUUUACUGGAUCCAAAAAGAUAUGCGAUUUCUUCUCCCUUCUUGCAUUCUUUUCGUAGUCAACAUAUGUACGACUCUCCAAUUUCUGUGAAUCCAGAAACUAUUGAUGCAAUGCUGCCUAGACUUGGUGACUUGCUUGUGCUCUUGAAUGUGUCGUCUGAUGAGAAAUUAUUACCUACAACAUAUGGAGAACUGAAACCUCCUCUUGGGAAGCAUCGUCUAAAGAUUGUGGAGUUUAUUGCGGUGCUAUUAAGAACUGGGAAUGAAGCUACUGAGAAGGAAUUGGUCAGUUCGGGAACCAUUAAACGGGUCAUUGAUCUAUUCUUUGAGUAUCCAUAUAAUAAUGCACUGCACCAUCAUGUGGAGAGUAUUAUAUUAUCAUGUUUGGAAACUAAGAAUGAAGUUCUGGUUGAUCAUGUUCUUCGAGAGUGUAAUUUCAUUGGAAAAAUUCUCCAACGGGAUAAAACCCCUCUUAUUUCUGGUGAUGAUGGUCAGCCAACUGUUCCGGCAGCUGGAAAACAGCCACCACGAGCAGGCAACCUUGGUCACAUUAUGCGAAUUGCUAAUAAGCUUAUUCAGUUGGGAAACGAUAAUAGUCCUGUUCAUAAAUAUCUGCAGGAAAACAGUGAAUGGAAGGAAUGGCAUACUGGCAUUUUGCAAGAGCGUAAUGCAGUUGAAAAUGUCUACCGAUGGGCUUGCGGCCGUCCAACAGCAUUGCAAGACAGGACAAGGGAUAGUGAUGAGGAAGACCCUCAUGACAGAGAUUAUGAUGUAGCUGCUCUAGCAAAUAACUUAAGCCAGGCGUUUAGAUAUAAAAUGUACGGGAAUGAGGACAAUGAAGAGGACAAUGGUGGCCUUGAUCGUGAUGAUGAGGAUGUCUACUUUGAUGAUGAGUCUGCUGAAGUUGUUAUAUCAUCCCUGCGGCUUGGUGAUGAUCAAGGGAGCAGUCUAUUCACAAAUUCAAAUUGGUUUGCAUUCCAAGAUGACAGAGUUGGUAAUGCUCGUGCGAGUACAUCACCUACAGAAUUAAUGGACGAGGUAAACUUAAAUGGAACUACUAAUGGCGGCAACAGCAGUAGCGACGACGAGGUAGUAGUGGGAGAAGACGACGACUUAAUUGAGAACAAAGAUUCUGUUAAUCCUGCAUCGACUUCCAACAUAAACUUUCCAAAUGGAUUUUCCGGUAAUGUUCCAACUCCGCAAAAUGAGAAGGCAACCACUGCCAAUGAUACUGGAUUCUUCAGAUUUGACACUCCAGACAACGAUGACUUGUUUGGGGACCGACCUUUCCCUGAAUGGGUAGGAUGGGGAGAAGCGGCUGAUUUGCAAAUAGGCGGGUCUAGCAUGAAUCCAUUUGAAGAUCAUGGUAGCUCCGAUGUCGAUGUUUCCCGUCAAGCAGGGGUAGCAACCCCUGAUGCUAAGUCCCCCACCGUACUUCCAAAUGGAUCAUCACCUUCCAAGGAUUCUAGUGAUGGUUCAGUGAGCAGUGACACAAGCGAUAAUAAAUCUGGAACUAUGCCAUCGUUGUUCGAAGAGGAUGUCGAGUUUGUUGGUGUGGAAUUAGAAGGGACAGAGAAGGCUAUGGAACAAGCUCUCAAGGAGGGUAUAGUUGGUGAAGCGGGACCCCUGAAGAGGAACUUAAUCCCAAAGGUUCCAGAGAAGGAGAAUUCUGAUGAUGGUGGGUCGGGGAUUAAAGAGUUCAAUGACGCAAACUAUUGGCGGGUCGAUCAAGAAGUUGCUGUUCUGGAAUGAUCGAGUGAGUUCACCGAUAUGUUCGGUUUGGCUCAAUCUGAAGAUGAUGAUUCCUACAGCUAAGGACACCCCCCCCCCUCCAUUGUUGGUUGUGGAAAGCUCAUGCGCGGAGAAAGAACUGUCGGACAUAUGUACAGUAUAUUUGUGUUAUCCAAAUGGGGAUUGGAUGGUAGGUUUGUUCAUGAAAUUAACUGCGGUUAGCAUUAUUGUUACACUUACUGUUGUCUGUUAUUAUUCAAGGUUUUGUUUCUUCCUGUUGUCAUCCUCACAUUUAUAUUUCAUUCAAGCCAUUAUCGUUCUUCAUUCUGUCUCUUUCUUUCUGCUGACAGCAUUCGUAUAAAACUCAAAAAAUGUAGUAAAAUUUCCUUUGAAGUGCACUGGAAGUAAGACUUGGAGUUUUGGGGUAAUUUUUAUUGAUAGUUGCUCAA